ACUCGUCCUGUACUCUCUCUUCCAUUCCCUUCCCCACCCGAUCGAGCAAAAUAAUCCCCCAGCCAAACCUCAGGCGAGCAGCUCGCGCCGCCAAGCUCCCUGAUUCGCGUCGGCGCUCGCUCCCCGCCGUCGGCCCGUCGCGCCUCUCCCCCGACCAGUUACUCCGUCCGGCGGCGGCGGCAGCUGCCCAUUUUACAGGACCGCGCGAGCGAGAUGGUGGCGACGGCGGGGAGCGCCAUAGAGCGAGGCUUGAGGUACGGCAUUAACCUGAUCGCGGACGCAGUGGAAGCUGUAAGGCGGAAGAAGUCCGCCGGGACGGACGCCGGACCCAAGUUCCGCGGCGUGCGUCGGCGCCGACGAAGGCCACGAAGCGGCAAGUUCGGGGCGCAGAUCUGGGACCCCUUGCGGAAGAACAACCUCUGGCUCGGCACCUUCGCCUCCGCCGAGGACGCCGCCAAGGCCUACGACGCGGCCGCCGCCCAGCUGCACGGCGCCGCGGCGCAGACCAACUUCGAGGUUCCCGCGGAUGUCAAGAGUGCGACCGGCUUGCGGCGCCCCAGGGAAUCCAAGCGCUGCUUGCUGAAGAAGGCGGCGAAGAAGGACGCGGCGGGGCCGUACAGCCGGACGGGGUUCUGGGGCGUGCGCACGCAGUCCACCGGCAAGUACGGGGCGGAGAUCAGACUUAACAAGGGGAAGGCUUACAGAUGGCUUGGCACCUUCGACAGCACCGAGGAUGCGGCCAGAGCGUAUGACGCGGCGGCGGUCAGGCUUCACGGCGAGUCUGCCAAAACCAACUUCAAGGCUCCACCGGAUAUCCAGUCCAGCGAGGGUUUGACGGCGGUGACGGCAGAGACCGCCCAAGGGCAAGGCGUGAGCACCGGCAAUUGCGAGAUCGUGGACGCACUUGGAGCUGUGGAAAGGAGGAGGAAGAAGAAGGCGGUAAAGGAGGCAUCGAGCAGGAUGUGCAAUCGGACAAAUCGGACAGGGUUCUGGGGCGUGCGCACGCAAUCCACCGGCAAGUACGGAGCCGAGAUCAGUUCCAAGGGGCAAGGUUUCAGAUGGCUCGGCACCUUCGACACCGCAGAGGAUGCUGCUAGAGCAUAUGAUGCAGCGGCCGUCAAGCUGCACGGCCCGUCUGCCAAAACCAACUUCAAGAUUCUUGCAGCUCUCCAGUCCAGCGAAAGUGUGACGGUGGAGGGCGCCCAAGGCCCAGGCCUGAGUGCUGGCAAUUGUGAGAUCGUGGACGUGCUCGGGGACGGGUUUGGGGUUGUGGAAAGGAGGAAGAAGCAGAAGAAGGCGGUAAAGAAGGAGGUGGCUGGUAGGCCGUGCAACGGGACAGGGUUCUGGGGCGUGCGCCAGACACUCAACGGCAGGUAUGGGGCAGAGAUCAGAAAUAACAAGGGGAAAACUUACAAAUGGCUCGGCACUUUCGACACCCCUGAGGAGGCCGCCAGAGCAUAUGAUGCAGCGGUUGUCAAGCUGCGUGGCGUGUCUGCCAAAACCAACUUCAAUAUUCCCGUGGCUGUCCAGUCCAGCGAGAGUAUGACAGUGGUGACGGCGGACAACGCCCAAGUGCAAGGCCUGAGCGCUGGCAAUUGUAAGAUCAUGGACGAGCUCAGGGAUGGGGUCGGAACUGUGGAAAGGAAGAAGAAGAAGGUGGGAAAGAAGGAGGCGGCGGGUAGGCCAUGCAGUCGGACAGGGCCGCACAGUCGGACAGGGUUCUGGGGCGUGCGCACGCAAUCAAGCGGCAAGUACGGGGCGGAGAUCAGAGAAUCCAAGGGGGAAAGUUGCACAUGGCUUGGCACCUUCGACACCGCAGAGGAGGCUGCCAGAGCAUAUGACGCAGCAGCUGUCAAACUGCACGGCGCGUCUGCCAAAAUCAACUUUAAGAUUCCCUUAGCUGUCCAGUCCAGUGCGACUGUGACGAUGGUGCCAGUGGAGAGCGCCCAAGGGCAAGGCCUGAGCACCGGCAAUUGUGAGAUCACAGAGGAUUUCAUGGAUGGUUUCGAAGAUGUGGAAAGGAGGAGGAAGAAGCUGCAUGUCGCGGCUGCCAUAACCAACUUCAUGAUUCCUCUGGCUGUCCAGUCCAGUGACAGUGUAACGAUGAUGCCGGCGGAGAGCGCCCAAGGGCAAGGCCUGAGCGCCAGCAGUUGUGAGAUUGCGGAGGAGCUCGUGGACGACGUUGAAGCUGCGGAAAGGAUGAAGAAGCUGCAUGGCCUGGCUGCCAAAACCAACUUCAAGGCUGUUCAGUCCAGCACAAGUGUGACGAUGGUGCCAGCAGAGAGCGCCCAAGGGCAAGGCCUGAGUAUCGGCAAUUGUGAGAUCACAGAGGACUUCAUGGAUGGUUUCGAAGAUGCGGAAUGGAGGAAGAAGAAGCUGCACGCCGCGGCUACCGUAACCAACUUGAAGACUCCCGUGGCUAUCAGUUCCAGCGCCAGUGUGAGUGUAACGAUGGUGCCGGCAGAGAGCAUCCAAGGGCAAAGCCUGAGCACUGGCAACUGUGAGAGUGUGGAGGAGCUCGUAGACAACGUCGAAUCUGUGGGAAGGAGGAAGAAAAAGGCUUUGUCAGACUCAGAAACUGAGUUUCGUUGCGUGCUACAGAGAUCCAGCGGCACUGCCGAGGAUGCCGCGACCGUCAAGCUGCCCUGCGUAAAGAAGGCGACAUGUAGGCAUGACAGUCGGACAGGGUUCCGUGGUGUGCGUCGGCGACCAAGCGGCAAAUACGUGGCAGAAAUCAUCAAACAGAAAGUUUGCAGAUGGCUCGGCACCUUUGAUACCGCCGAGGAGGCUGCCAGAGCAUACGAUGUGGCGGCCAUCAAGCUGCACGGCGCUGCUGCCAAAACUAAUUUCAAGAGUCUGGUGGCUCCUGUUGCUGAUGACAUCAACCCCGGGCUAGUGCAAACGAUCGGCCUGAUGCAGGCACCGGUGGUGACAAAGGUGAACUUGAACAUUGAUGUCCGGAGAAAGGCGGUAGCGAGGUCUGACUGUCGGUCGGGGUUCCGUGGAGUGCACAUGUAUCGUGGGAGGUACUUGGUGCAGAUCAGGGAGCCGGGGCGGCCAACAACUCGGCUGCAGCUUGGCAUCUUCGACAACGCGGAGGAGGCCGCCAGAGUGUACGAUGCCGCGGCACUGAGGCUGUAUGGCGCAGCGGCCAAAACUAACUUCGAGCAAACACCCACGGGUGCCACCUCUGAGGAUGGCGAGGACUCGUCCAUGGACCUCCCCAACGACUUACCGGAGCUGCCGGUGCACUGCCCGACCUUCUCUGUAGGGGCAGAAGUGGAGGAGUUCCUAAAGGACUUCACUGCUGGUUAACAGGUUCUGGAAAAACUUUAGUCUUCCUGUGUUUGUUUGUCUGUCGUGUAAAGUGUAGAAGAAAAGACACGGGCAAUGGUCAAUUUUGUUGGUGAUGAUCGUUGCACAGGUUAUGAAAAUCCACAUAUGUUUCUGCUAUGUUUCUGUAGCACACGUCCAUAUAUGCAACUAAAAGUUCAGACAAAGCUAUGCUUAUUCUUACAGUUUCACCAGUGGUCAGAGUUUGAUAUAUGAAUCUGACUUGAUUCA